UUUGCCUCGUGUCGAUCGAAGUCCUCGAUCAAGCCGAUCUCCCUCCCUAACGGUUUUUCUGACGAAACAACCAAAGUGUCUCCGUCGACAUUGUGCUUAUUCAUUCUCGUUAUCGCCGCGCCGAGCAGCGAGGUAGAUCUCGAGGAAACUGUAGAAAAUAAUCGCGGGAGAUUUUCGUGGUUAGAAGAUACGCGGGGAACCGUGAUCAGAUAUCGCUUUACUUUCGCUAGGGUCUAAUCGUGCGGGAAAACGAGAGGUUCACGCUUGUAAAAAAAAACUGCGUACGCGUCUGAGUUAUGAAUAAAAGUCUGACGCUGAAGAAGGACACGCCGAAUGACGUUCCCGGCGAAACGUCCGAUUGCGACGAUUCCAACCAUUCGACGGAAGUCUCGGAGGACAGACCUGAGGAAUUUAAGAUGGAAAGAAAUGUAACGCCAGGGAGGAAAACGCCGGAUGACGUUUCCUGCGAAACGUUCGAUUCCGACGACUCCAACCAUUCGACGGAAGUCUCGGAGGACAAACCUGAGGAAGAAGACUGGAUGGAUAUACUUGGCCAAGGUCACCUGAAGAAGAGGGUCAUAAGGAAGGGCGAGAAAGGCAUGCGGCCAGAGAAAGGCGAUAUAUGUACAAUAAACUUUGUUGGUAAACUUUGCGAUGGCACAGAGGUAGAAAAAGAGGACCAUUUGUCGAUACAAGUGGGAGACCUCGAAGUGAUACAGGGAUUGGACCUGGCAAUCGUGUUGAUGGAACUGGGCGAGAUCGCUGAAAUUGUAAUCAAUGAGAGGUUUGCUUAUGGUAUGUCUGGAACGUCAACUAUACCAUCCCUCGCUACUGUUACAUACGUGGUUGAAUUGAAGGCAAUAGAAGUGGAGCCCGAUAUAGAAAGUCUAAGCAUCAGUCAGAGGAGAGAAAGGGGCAACAAGAAACGCGAACGUGGAAACUGGUGGUUUGGUCGUCAUUCCGUUAGUUAUGCAGUACAAUGUUAUCGUAGAGCUUUACAAUAUCUGCAGAUAGACAAUGGUAAAACAUGGAACGAGAAUGAAGGAGCAGAACCGGUUACCGAUGCUGAGCUGCAAGCUCUCUUGAACGAUUGCAUAAAGGUGUAUAAUAAUUUGGCUGCUGCAUUAAUUGAAAUGGAAGUCUACGCCGCAGCUUUAGAAAAUGCAGACUUGGUUCUGAAAUAUCAACCAAACAAUAUAAAAGCUCUAUUUAGAAAAGGAAAAAUAUUAAAGCUUAAAGGGGAAUACGGCAAGGCUUAUAUGGUUUUACUUGAAGCGCAAAAGGUUGAGCCAGAAUCGAAGUGGAUACACAUGGAACUGAUGAGUUUAAAGGGCAAAAUUACAAAACAGUAUGAGAAAGAGAGGCUUUUUUAUGCUAAAAUGCUCGGUAUAGGAAAUAACGGAGUGUCGAAGGAUGUAAAGGAUGUAAAGGAAUGUAAGGUACGAAAUAAAAGUAAUAUUGCUAAAGGAAUUUUGUGGACUCUGGUUGGAGCAUCUGCUGCUAUCGUUGGUAUAUUUGUACACAGAUUUGCAUCGUAAAAAAAAGGAAAAAAGGAAUAUAGACAAACCAAUUUAAAGGGGUGCAAAAUAUGUUGUAUUAUUUGUGUUAAUAACAGAAUGUAUGAUUAUGCCUGUAGAUUUUUAUAAUUACACAUUAAAUUAUAUAUUUCUAACAACAUAAACGUAUUUGAUGAACUAAUAAAUGAUGAACAUAAAUGCAAAAUUGUUGUAAUUAUAUGUAUAUAUGUACACCUAUACAUGCGCGCACACAUACACAUAGAAUUUAGCAAAGAUUUAUGUAAACUGACUGCGAUAGUACAACAUAUAUACGUAUUAUAAUUUUAUGACAUUAAUAAUAAUUAUAAAGUACAGUGAUAUUUUAAUAUGCUCUAUUGAAGGAAGUUAUUAAAUAUAUAAAUGCAUUAUAUCAAAUUCUUUUAAUCUUAAUGCACAUUGGAUAGAAAUUUACUAAAUUCUCAAUUUCUCCUGUAGCUUAUAUACACAUCUAAAUUAUGCAUGUGUAAAAUAUAAAUAUUGUAUACAUGUGUGUAUGUAUAUUAUAUACACAUAUAUAUGUGUAUAUAUAAAGCAUAUUUAUGAUAUAAAAUUUACAUAUGUACAAAGAACAGAUUAAAAAUUGAGUUUUGUGCU